AUGGCUGAGGAAUCCUCGUCGACCUUCUCCCUCGCCGGUAAAGGCUUGAAAAUCGACACCAAAGAAGACCUCGAAAAACACAUCAAUGCACUCACAUCGUCCCCCUCGGUCACCCACAUCGAUCUCUCUGGGAAUACGUUAGGUGUCGCUGCUUGUGCCGCGCUGGCACCCAUUUUGGCCUCAAAAUCGACCCUCCAAAGCGCUGAUCUACACGAUAUCUUCACGUCGCGUCUCCUCGACGAGAUCCCCCCAGCAUUAUCCUCUCUUCUUACCGCCUUACUGGAGUGUCCCAAUCUCCACACAAUAGAUCUAAGUGAUAACGCCUUCGGUCUCAACACAAAAGAUCCUCUCGUCGAUUUCCUAUCCAAACACACCCCGCUAAAGCACCUGGUUCUAAACAACAAUGGCAUGGGUCCCGAAGCAGGCGCUGCCAUCGCCGAAGCGCUCAUCAAACUUGCGGAGCGGAAAGAGGCGGCCAGGAAAGAGGGGAAGAAUGUGCCAUACCUGGAAAGUAUUGUAUGCGGUCGCAAUAGGUUAGAGAAUGGGAGCAUGCCUGCAUGGGCAAGAGCGUAUCAGGCACACAAAGCUGGAAUCAAGAGCGUGAAAAUGACACAAAAUGGUAUCCGACCGGAGGGUAUUUCCCACCUAAUUUCAUCUGGUCUGUCAAAAUGCGAAAAUCUCGAGGUUUUGGACAUGCAGGACAAUACCUUCACGCUUAAAGGUGCACAAGCUCUCGCAGAGGCGCUAGGUGGUUGGUCAAAUCUCAAAGAACUGGGUGUCGGCGACGACCUGUUGGGCGCUCGUGGUGCAGUCAAAGUUUUCGAGGCUUUCUCUGGAGGCAACAGCGAGAAUGUGGAAAUCCUCAGAUUACAGUACAACGACAUCACGCCAGCGGGUGUGAAGUCGCUACUGAGAGCUGCCAAACACGAUCUUCCCAAACUACGGCGGGUGGAACUGAACGGGAACAAGUUUGAGGAGGAGGACCCCUCAAUUGAGGAGCUGGCAGCACUGUUGAGCGACAGAAAAGAUGAAUUGGGUAAGAACGAGGAUCCAGAGGACCAUUGGGGACUGGACGACCUAGAUGAACUAGAAGGAGAGGAGGAGGAAGACGAAGAAGAGGAAGAAGAGGAAGAGGAAGAGGAAGAGCUGGCAGAGAGAAUCGUCAAGGAGGCUGAGGAAGCCGAGGAGGAGAAGGUGGCUGAGGAGAAGGAUAAAGAAGUCGAUGAAUUGGCUAAAGCUUUGGAAAAGACUCACGUAUGA